AUGGAUCAACAACCACGCGGCGUUACCCUAAAUCAAGUCAACAUAACUGAUGCACGCGAUGGCGAGCCAGACGUCGAUAUCAUUGCCAUUCACGGCCUGGACACCAAGUCGCCCGACACGUGGACAUGGCGAUCUCGAGACAGCAGCAGGCCUGAUGUAAAUUGGCUGGCCGAUCACGAUAUGCUCCCAAGCAAGAUGAAACGGGCUCGAAUAUUCACUUGCGACUGGCCUGCUGACUUGUUUCAAGAAUCGGAUUCGAUUCCAUGGACAGUCAGAGAGUUCGCCCGGCGCUUGCUCGCUGGUAUCCACAACAUGAGAGUUCAUUCAACAUCAGAUGGUGGGAGCAAAGAUCGCCCAAUUGUCUUCAUCGCGUCGUGUCUCGGAGGCAUCAUAUUAAUGGAGGCUCUCACAAUAGCUGAUAGCCCACAAAGCGACUAUGUCUCCAUCAGGAAAGCUACACGUGGCAUUAUCUUCCUUGCAACACCCUUCCGUGGAACUGCGUUUCAAGAUAUAGCCUCUUGGGCAGAGCCAGUACUGAAGACAUGGGCAUUGCUCGGAAAACGCUCGGUGACACAGCUGCUUGACAGUGUGAAGAAGUCGACUUUCUAUCUUGAGGAACUCGUGCGUACCUUUACUCGGGUCUGCCAAGAUAAAGAUUCUCCUUGCAAAGUGCAUACAUUUUAUGAGACGCGUGAGACGGUUCUUCCAAGAAAGUUUUUGCCGUCUUUGUUGUUGCCAUUUUUCGACAAGUCGAAACCCCUAGUCAAUAGUAGCUCAGCGACUCUGGAUAUUGAUUCCGACCCGUUGCCACUUGAGCGAAGCCAUGUAAUGAUGAACAAAUUUGCUGGGCCUGGCGAUACUGAUUACAUUACGGUCAUAGGGAGACUUGAUGCACUCCUCCAGUUGAUUCGAGAUGGACUCCAGCAGGUCGAUACUUGGAUUCGCAAUAAGAACUACACGGCAGAUAGACUUCAGAUCGAACGGCUUUCUGGCCAGAGAUUACCAAUGGAUCAGUGCUAUAUCAAUCUUAUCAUAAUUGAGCGGCCUGAGCAACACUUAGAUCAGUCGACUGAAGCUCAAUCAUUCCAUUAUUCGUUCUCCACUCAACAGUCCGCUGGACAGACGGCCGAGACAUAUGAUGGUAUGAAUGAAAUUGAGCUUACAACAAUCUUCAACGAUCGGCAAGGGCACGACGGUCGUGUGAUACACCCUAGAAGAAUCCUCAUCCGUGGACGCGCGGGAGUAGGUAAGACUACAUUAUGCAAAAAGAUCGUCUAUGAGUUUUACCGAGGCACAUGGAACGAGUGGAACAAGAUCUUUGACCGCAUCCUUUGGAUACCAUUGAGAAAUCUAAAGUCACAAGAAAGGAUGAGACCGGGAUACAACUAUGAAUGUCUAUUCAAUGAUGAGUACUUUUCUCUGCCGGAGGACAGAUCAGACUUGGCGAAAAGUCUGUCUAAAGCAGUAGCAGCAAAGAACAGCACAACUCUCUUUCUUCUAGAUGGCCUAGAUGAAGUGUUUGAGUAUUUGGAUGGUGAAGACAUCAUGUCUCGUUUUCUUCAGGACCUCUUGAAACAGCCAAACGUCAUCAUCACGUCGCGACCAUCUGCUACACCUUCGCCAGGAAUAGACUUGGAGUUAGAGACGGUUGGAUUCGACGAUACGCAAGUAAAUGCAUAUAUAGACGCUGACCUCACAAUUAAGCCAAAUGCCGAUAAGAUCAAGUCGUUCCUUCAGGAUCAUUGGCUGCUUCGAGACCUCGUGCGUAUUCCAGUUCAGCUGGACGCGCUUUGUUACACAUGGGAUGAUUUUGACUCCGGAAUAUCACCGGAUUCUAUGACCAGCAUAUACCAGGCCAUUGAGCAAAAAUUAUGGAAAAAGGACGCAGUAAGAUUGGAACGGAUCCUCAAAAGCCGGGCUCAAUCAGCUCUUCCCGCGGAGGUGGAAAACAGAGUCAAAGCUGAGACUAAGAUUCUCGAGAUCCUUGCCUUUCAUGGAAUGUACCACGAUAUAAUAAAUUUUACAACAACGCAUCUGGACAAGAUUAUCCAAAUCUUCCCGCUGCUCGAAUUGACGCUCGAUGACACUCUUGGACGACUUUCUUUCCUGCGGACGUCCGACUCGUCAUCAAACUUCAAAGUCAGAAGCUAUCACUUUAUACAUUUGACCUUUCAGGAGUACUUUGCAGCUCGAUUUUUUGUCCAGCAUUGGACGUCUGGAGAGCAAUUGUCCGUUUUGGAGCUUGGCGGCCGACAAAAGAAAGCAAGUGUUCAGAAGCUAAACGCCGAAAAACUCCUAAGGGAUAAGAAAUACAGUGCACGUUAUGACGUCUUCUGGCGCUUCGUCACUGGUUUACUCUACACCGAAUAUGAGGAGAAAGAACUGCACCGCUUCUUCCUCGCUGUAGAGGAUCAGCCGCGAGACCUUUUGGGCCCUGUACACCAGCGAUUGGUCAUGCAUUGCUUGAGCGAGGUAGGUCCAUCGGAUGGAAUGGAAUCUUUCGCUCAUCUUCGAAUAAGGCUGGAAGAACAUUUAUCACAGUGGCUAGAAUUCGAAUGCAAGUUUCGAAGUACAUCACGUUUAAUCCGGGCGAUUGAGUUCCCAGAGCGGUCCUUGAACAGUGUGCUACAACGAGCAACUGAGGAUAUGAAGAAACGUGUUCUAGAGUCGUUAAGGGAUCGACCAAAGCUGCCACAGAAUAUAAUAGAACUGAUGACGGCAUGGCUAGAGGAGAGUCUUUCGCUCAAUUCGACAUGUACCAUCCUUUCGGCGCUUCACUCAUGCAAAGACCUACCACUCCCAACACUCAACGCGAUAAUAGAAAGGCUAAAUGAUAAGCAUUCGGCCAUCAGAGAACAAGCGGCGAGGCUUAUUCGCACGCAACGGAGCUUGCCUGAAGGUAUCCGCGCAGCAAUCGCAGCACGGUUUGAGCAUCAAGAUUUUCCACAACAGGCGGAAAUGGCAGUUGUGCUGGAUUAUGAGCUACCCAAGGACAUGAUAAGAAGUUUCGCUGCACAGCUAGAGAAUCCCGACCCAAGGGUUCGACAAAAAGCACUAUCUGCGCUUCGCCAUCCAUUCACCUUGCCUGAGGAAAUACAGAGGACCAUAGUGGCACAGCUGAAGGACCAAAAUCCAGAUAAUCGGUAUCAGGCAUUACUUGUGCUUGAGAAACAACGCUUGUUAUCCGAAAGCAUUCUUGAAUACAUAGUGGACCUUCUUAAAGAUGAAGAGAAACAUAUCCGAUGGGCAGCAUGGGAAGCGCUUCAGUAUCGGACAGGUCUAUCGGAAGAGAUUUUGAAGGCUUUAGUGGCCUGGCUGGUAUCCCAAGAUAGAGAUACUGACAUGAUAAUGCUCCCGUACGACACAGAGCUGGAAAUCAAACUUUCUGAACUGCUCGCUCCAUGUCUGAGAGAUGAAAAUACAUGCAGUGCAUGGAAAUUAACGACACUGCAGCUGCUGCAAGAUAGAAGGCUCCCUAUGCAUAUAAUAAGGGCUAUAGCGGCACAACUUGAAGACCAAAACAAAGACAUCAGAAUAGAGGCACUAAAUGCGAUAGGUUCGGCCUUUGAGGAAGGACAAAUAUUUCCCGUUGAUAUUUUUCAAGCUAUAGCAGCACAGCUUACACACCAGGACAAGGACGUUAAAGAGGCCGCUUUUCAAGCCCUAUCAGAGCAACCAGCGCUGCCGGAUGAGAUCCUAAACGUCAUAUGCAGACAUCUGCAUGAUCAAGAUUCAGAUAUUAGAUGCCUUGCUCUCUCAGCACUUGAUGACCGACCACAACUAUCCAGAGAUAUCGUCGAAGCCAUGGCAGCGCAACUCAAACAUCAAGAUCAAAAUGUGAGAGAGCAAGCAGCUUCCGCCCUCGGGUACCAAUCGGUAUUAUCUAAUGAGAUAAUCGAGGCUCUUGCGAAGCAACUUAACGACCAGGACCAGAUGGCUAAAUUAGAAGCAGCACAAGCGCUCUCCGGUCGGGAAUUAUCUGAAAAGAUCGUAGAAGCCAUUGCAGAACUACUUACAGAUCACAGCCCCGAUAUUCGACUAGCAGCACUAACGGCACUACUGGCAAAUCCAGCCUUACCUGAACGAGUCCUCGAAGCCAUAAUGUCAAGGGCAUAUCAUGACAAUAAUAACGGUGUUAGGGUAGCGGCGAUAGAAGUGCUUGGAACUCAGUCACCGCUAUCUGAAGAAAUACUUGAAGCCAUAGUGGCACGGCUUGGAGACAGCGACUUUGCCGUUCAGAAGGCGGCGAUAGAAACCCUCCGCAGCAGCCAAACAACGGUGCCCGAAAAUGUACUUGAGAUUGUAGCGCACAAUCUGUACAAUCAGAAUGGAGCAUCCUGGAAGGCGGCGGUGGAAAUUCUUCAGGGCAAUUUGGCUUUGCCCGAUAUUAUUUUGAGAGAUGUGGCCUCGUAUCGUGCGUUGCUAGAGACGAGCUUCGUGCAACAUGCUACUUGCUGUGCUGCGGGCAGCAUCUUCUACGUUGAACUCCCUGAGAGUUUUGGCGAUAUUUUUGUCAAUCGCCAUCCAGACCAGUUCAUGGAUACAAUACGAGAAUGGCAGAGAGAAGUGGGAGUCCCACCCCAACUUGAUCACCGGGAGGAUUGA